AUGUCUACCACCCGCAUCGCAGUUGUCAUGGGUGCCUCUCAAGGAAUCGGAGAUGCCCUCGCCUUGCGUCUUGAGGAUGAUGGAUUUGAUGUUGCCGUGAACGACAUUCCUUCACUGGCAGAAUCGCUCAAGGCAGUUGUUGAGAAGAUACAGCAGAAGGGCAGGCACUUUCUCAUCGUGACUGGGGAUGUAUCGAAUGAGAACGACGUGAAGACCGUGGUUGACAAGGUCGUAGAGACACUUGCUUCUGUCAAAGAGUAUGAUCGUGUCAUGUCCGUCAACGCCAAGGGUGUCUUCCUGUCUUUCAAGUAUGCCGCUCUCCAGAUGAUCAAGCAGGGACGAGGUGGAAGCAUCAUAGGUGCUUGUUCCAUGGCUGGUAAGAUGGGUGAGUCUGCAGAGCACCCGCCAACAAAGACGCCCGCAUUCAUGAGCACUUUGCAUGACCAGGGAUGCCCAAUCUUUCUGUAUACAUCGCAUCAAAAUUCGCAGUGCGGGGACUUACCCAAACUUGCGGUGCACCUUGACCUUCUUGUUCUCACUGAGAAGGACAGCUGA